AUGGGAAUUCGUUUGAAGGCGACGAGAGCGUCGAGACUGUUCGCCCGAACUUCCGGUACAGGGGGGACCUUGAGACCGCUGCCAGCGAACACGAAGCCCCAAUUAACGCCAACCUCUCGCCGAGUCGGAGGAUUCCACCGGAGAAACUUUCGGCACCGGAGAGAGAGAGAAGAGCCUUUACCCUGGCAAUUAAUUGAAACAGGUGGCGGAAAGCACGAGGUGAGGGGCGGCGGCACCGAGUACCAGGAAGAUCACCGCAACAUCGACGGAAAGAAAAGCGACAAGGGUUACAAGGUCUUCCACGAGUUCGACAAGGGUGAGAAGGGCCACCGCGACAACGAGGGCCACAAGCAGAAGUACGACGAGAGGAAGGGGAAAGAGGAGAAGAAAUACAAGGAGGCGGACCACUACGACGAGAGUCGCCAAGGCGAGGCAGGUGAAAAAGUCGCGGAAUUCGACGAGGAGGGCAAACACCAGAAAGGAUACAGCACCAAGGGAGAGCACAGCGUCUCGAAAAAGGACGAGUACGAGAAGAGGCACGACUUUUACGACGAGUACCACGAGGACGGUGAGCACGAGAAACACGGUGGAUACCAUCACGAGCACGAAGGCAAAAAGGGCGGACACAAGAAGAGGGGACACGGAGAUUCCGCUCGUCACGAGCAUCACCAUGGCAAGAAGAAGCAGCACGAGGAGGGUCAUCACCAUCGCCAGCAGAGGGGUCGCAAAUUUGACGAAGGUCGCGACAGCCAUCGUCAAUACGACAAGAAGUACGGGAAGAAGGGCGGACACGAAUCGGGGAAGAAAUGGUCCGCGAGCACCGGCCGUUAAAUUCUUCCUGAGACAGAUUAUGUUUCCCAAAUGCGAAUCUAUUGAU